AUGGCUGACGUGGACACUUUCGACGACGAUAUCUUCGACGACCUCUACGACGAGGAACCCGCUUCUAAGCCCGCGCCCGCAGCCCCGGCUGUCAAAGAGCCGGAGGUGAAGGCGGAGCCGGUCGCCGAGCCUCGCCCCGAUGCGAUCGCCAAUACUGCGGAUACUGCUCCCCUGGUGAAGCGCGAGGACGAUGGCGAUGCCAAUAUGAAUGGCUCUGCAUGGAACGGCGCCGGUCAUCAGUCGCAUGGUAAUACGCCUGGGGGCGAUGACAACUACGGUCCGAUCAACGUCAAAGAAGAUGGGUAA